GCAGGUUGAGAGCGCACAGGAGUGCCGCUCCGGAAAAAGGAAACCCGAGAGAUCCACACACUCACACUUUUUUUAUUUUUGUUUUUUUUUAGAACAUUGUAAGCGCCUCUCUACUGGCAGGAGUACAGCAGCGUGCAUCCAGUAGCUGUACAUGUACUGUCCGUUCUGUUAGUGACACAUUACACAUUAAGUAGCGAGAGGGGCGAAGAAAAUAAUCCGGCUGAGUGUGUUGGUGUGUUCUGCUGCUCUUCCUUGCAGUGGAGGCGUCCAGACAGAAUGGAGCUCAUCACAAUCCUCGAAAAAACCGUCUCUCCAGAUCGCAAUGAACUGGAAGCAGCACAGAAAUUUCUGGAGCAGGCAGCCAUUGAGAAUUUGCCUACCUUUCUUGUGGAACUGUCCAAAGUUCUUGCAAAUCCAGGAAACAGUCAGGUUGCCAGAGUUGCAGCUGGUCUACAGAUAAAAAAUUCUUUAACAUCUAAGGAUCCUGAUGUAAAAACACAGUAUCAACAGAGAUGGCUUGCCAUAGAUGCUUCUGCAAGAAGGGAAAUAAAAAGUUAUGUCUUGCAGACAUUGGGUACAGAGACCUACAGACCCAGUUCAGCAUCACAGUGUGUUGCUGGCAUUGCUUGUGCAGAGAUCCCUGUUAACCAAUGGCCUGAGCUCAUCCCACAGCUUGUAGCAAAUGUUACUGGACUUAAUAGCACUGAGCACAUGAGGGAGUCAACACUGGAAGCUAUUGGAUACAUCUGUCAGGACAUUGACCCAGAGCAGUUGCAAGACAAUGCAAAUCAGAUUCUGACUGCUAUUGUUCAGGGAAUGAGAAAAGAGGAGCCCAGCAACAACGUCAAACUUGCAGCCACAAAUGCUCUUCUCAAUUCUUUAGAGUUUACAAAAGCCAACUUUGAUAAAGAGGGUGAAAGGCAUUUUAUAAUGCAGGUUGUCUGUGAAGCAACACAGUGUGCAGAUACAAGGGUACGAGUAGCUGCCUUGCAGAACCUGGUGAAAAUAAUGUCCUUGUAUUACCAAUACAUGGAGACCUACAUGGGUCAGGCUUUGUUUGCAAUAACAAUUGAGGCCAUGAAAAGUGACAUUGAUGAAGUGACUUUGCAAGGAAUUGAAUUCUGGUCUAAUGUGUGUGAUGAAGAAAUGGAUCUGGCCAUUGAGGCUUCAGAGGCUGCUGAACAGGGAAGACCACCAGAGCAUACUAGUAAAUUCUAUGCCAAAGGAGCUCUUCAGUAUCUUGUGCCCAUCAUCACACAGACUCUGACAAAACAGGAUGAGAAUGAUGAUGAUGAUGAUUGGAACCCGUGCAAAGCUGCUGGUGUGUGCCUCAUGCUUCUGGCUACCUGUUGUGAGGAUGAUGUGGUUCCUCAUGUUCUACCUUUUAUUAAAGAGAAUAUCAAACAUCCUGACUGGAGGUAUAGAGAUGCUUCAGUAAUGGCGUUUGGUUCCAUUCUUGAAGGGCCUGAUCUAAACCAGCUCAAGCCAUUGGUCAUCCAGGCCAUGCCAACUCUAAUAGAGUUGAUGAAAGAUCCAAGUGUGGUGGUUAGGGACACCACUGCUUGGACGGUAGGUAGAGUGUGUGAACUACUUCCUGAAGCUGCCAUUAAUGAAGUUUACCUGACGCCUCUCCUGCAGUGUUUGAUUGAUGGGCUUAGUGCUGAACCAAGAGUAGCAUCUAAUGUCUGUUGGGCCUUUUCUGGUCUGGCAGAAGCUGCCUAUGAAGCUGCAGAUGUAGCAGAUGACCAGGAAGAACCAGCAACAUACUGUUUAUCGUCCUCUUUUGAGCUGAUUGUGCAGAAACUCCUUGAAACUGCUGACCGGCCUGAUGGUCACCAGAAUAAUUUGAGAAGUGCAGCAUAUGAAGCCUUAAUGGAAAUCGUAAAGAACAGCGCUAAGGACUGUUACCCAGCUGUACAGAAAACCACUCUUGUCAUCAUGGAACGUCUGCAGCAAGUGUUGCAGAUGGAGUCUCAUAUUCAGAGCACUUCAGACAGAAUCCAGUUCAAUGACUUGCAGUCCCUGCUGUGUGCCACACUUCAGAAUGUCUUGCGUAAAGUACAGCACCAGGACGCCCUGCAGAUAUCCGAUGUGGUGAUGGCGUCUCUGCUCAGGAUGUUUCAGAGCACUGCGGGAUCUGGUGGUGUGCAAGAAGAUGCACUUAUGGCUGUCAGCACUCUUGUUGAAGUUCUUGGCAGUGAUUUCUUGAAAUACAUGGAUGCCUUUAAACCUUUCUUAGCUAUUGGACUAAAAAAUUAUGCUGAAUAUCAGGUUUGUCUGGCUGCAGUGGGACUGGUCUGUGACCUUUGUAGAGCCCUCAUGUCUAACAUUCUGCCUUACUGUGAUGAAAUCAUGCAGCUGCUGCUGGAAAACCUUGGGAAUGAAAACGUUCACAGGUCUGUGAAGCCCCAGAUCCUCUCUGCAUUUGGUGAUAUCGCUCUUGCCAUUGGUGGAGAGUUCAAGAAGUAUCUUGAGAUUGUUCUUGAUACUCUCCAGCAGGCCUCUCAGGCCCAGGUUGAUAAGACAGAUUAUGACAUGGUGGAUUAUUUGAAUGAGUUGAGGGAAGGCUGUCUGGAGGCAUACACCGGUAUUAUUCAAGGGCUUAAAGGCGACCAGGAAAAUGUACAUCCGGAUGUCAUGCUUGUUCAGCCUCGGGUAGAGUUUAUUCUGUCUUUUAUCCACCACAUUGCAGAGGAUGAGGAUCAUUCGGAUGGUGUGGUGGCUAAUGCUGCUGGCCUUAUUGGUGAUUUAUGUACAGCAUUUGGUAAAGAUGUCAUGAUGUUAGUGGAACUUAGACCCAUGAUACAUGAGCUGCUAACUGAGGGGAGAAGAUCGAAGACAAGCAAAACAAAAACUCUUGCUACAUGGGCAACCAAGGAACUAAGGAAACUGAAAAACCAGGCUUGAUCUGACAGUUGAGAAAACAUCUUGGGAAACCCCUCUGGAAUUCUCCAAUCUUUUGAAAAAUAAAAAACCCAAUUCUAAGCAGAAGUGAGGAGUGUGCACGGGUGAGUGUUUGGGAUGUGAGAAUGAGUGAGUGAGGCUUGAAAUCACACCACCUUCUGAAAAAGAACAAAUUCCAGCAGCAGCUGCGGCUACUGUCCGCAUCAGCAGUGCGUCUACUCACUGAUUGCUGAAUUUCAUUGAAGUGUGAGGAAGAGAAUACAGACUGGACAACAUUAACUGAUGUCCUUUCAGGAGCAGAAGCCUUCGGGAAAAGAAAAACUUUGAAAAUAUAACAGCCAAUUUGGAGAGUGGGCUAUGGUGUUUAAACAAAAAGAGCUUAACAGUGGACAGAACUCUUAUUUGGCUGGUGUUUUGGACGCUCUUUAAAGCACUUGUGGAGUGGAUCUUCUGAAUUGGAAAAUGUCAAGAUUUCUUAAAAGGGUUUUGCUGCUGUAGGUGGAGAAAGCUUAAAAGUGGUUUUUCCUGGCCCAUCUCUAUCUUUAAACCAUUGUGCUGUAUAUGCAUGGGGUUCUUGUAAGUGCGUGAGGGCUAAUUCCAGUUGAGUGUGUGUGUGAGUGAGGAGGGUUCACUUUCUUCACUUUGAAAUUCAACAUAGAAGCGAAACUCAAUGCAAAUAAAUUAGUGAACGCAUUACCGAAAAGAUUUCAAGAGUCCGUUCAACUAAUGGCAGCACAACAAGAAAUUGGAGAUGAGUUGCAUUUCUUGUCUUUUUGGUUUUUUUUUUCUUUUUUUUUGUAGGAGAAUCACUGAUGAAUGCUCAGAGCUUCCUUUUCAGGUUUAAACUGGUUUCCAGAAUCUCCUCCUUAAGGAAAGUAGAAAAUGAAAAAGUAAGCCACCUUUUGCCUGUGUGGAAACAAAAAUUUAAAAUGUGCACAGAGAAAAAAGCAAAAUGCAUAUAUGAUCUAAAUGUGGCUGAUAGCAUUCAACAAAAGGCCUUGUCUUCAAAUCAGUCCAAACAAAAGUAGCGUGCCAAAGAAUUUGUCAGACUAUGUAAAAUCGCAACCUAUUUGGGAUGUACUGUGAAUUAAGACAUGUCUAAAAGGCUGGAUCCAGCUCUCCAUUUGGGAAAAAAGUUGGCCUUUCUGUGUUUUUAAAAUGUGAUACUGGUCUCUUGCUGCACUUAUACUUACAAAGCUUGUAAAAGAAAUAGAGGCACUUGUAAAAGGUUCUAUAUUUUUCCACUGCGAUGAGAGAAGUAAAAAUAAAAUAAAAUGGUAUUAAACAUUCCCCUGUACCUUUUGUAGAUUGGUCUUUAAGUUUUUUUUUUUUAUUUUUUUUAAUGUAAAUUUUGGCUUGUGAAAUUUAAUUGGGUAUGAUGCCUGGGCAGUACAGGAGGAAUGCAGACCCCAGUUAAGCCUGUAAAAAGCCACAAAUGACAACUGAUAUCUCAAGCUUAAUGUCUCCUUAGGCAAAUUUAUUUAGUGCAGCCUGGCAGUUGUAUAUUUAGUAGUACAUAAUUUGUUGCCAUGCUUGUAUCUGGCCUAGUAACUGCAGUAUCCAACUAAGAUCAUUUACUGAAAGAAGACUUUUUCUGAAGAACUCAACAGCAUAUCUUUAAUGGUACAGGAGGUGCAAAGUGCUCCGUAAUUAGAGGGCUUGCCAAGUUUAGGAUUAUCUGUUAAUGAUCAUUUUUGUCUUGCCCAUUACAGGUGGUAUUCACUCUUGCAGCCUCUAAGCUGUGCAAUAACGCAUUUAUUUUAUGCACCUGUUCAAUGGGCGUUGCUGACAUUGAUGAUUAGGAUUUUUGUUGCAAACUGGCCCCCUCAAAUUAAUAGCCAUUUAUGUUCUCUUAUUAAGCCAUGGAUGAUGCAUUCAUGGUACUAGUCCAUAGAAUUAGAUGCCAGGUUCAAGCUGGAAAGACCACAUGGCAAUGUAUGCCUAUGAUGACUGGAGCAGAUGUUAGUUAAAUCCCCAAUUUCUUGUGCUAUCCUAAAGCUCCUUGCCCUGAUGGCAGUGCAUUCCAGCAUCCUCCUGUCUGCCCUUGUCUAUGUGAACCUCACUAGGCAGGCUUUCAGAUGUGCCUUUUAGAGCUGGGUUUUCAGGUGCAGUGUGUGGUGCUGAAUAAUUUAAACCACACAGGCAGCAUGGAAGCACUUGGCUGGCUGGCUGUGUGCUAGUGACAAGGGUGUUGUCCAGCUCAAUCUGACUUGCUACUUACUCCAAGCUUGAAAACAAUGUUUUUGGUUUUUUUUUUUUAUGCUUAUUAUUUUGUACUUAAUUGGGACGAGGGAGGGGAGAGUGAGCGAGACUGUUCUGCAAAUGGGGAAAUUCUGACCAUUCCUCAGUGUCACCUAUGUCUGACUUAUGUGAGCCUUCAGCUUUAGACAGCAGGUGAAUAAAACACACUGAGAAACUAA